AAAAAAAAUAUAAUGAGUAUCUCAAAUAGUAAUUAAACUGAUGCAAAUAGUGUAAAAGUACCUCAACUGAUAAAUUAAAUGUAUGCCAUAUAAUUUUUUUGACCUAGGUAGGUAUAACACCUUGUACAUAUUUUUAAAUAUGCCAGAAUUGUUCUUUUAUUGCGGCACAUUAAAAUUGAUGUCACUGAUGUUAGCCAUUAUUUUGACACUUCAACUUGACAUAUAAUAUAUAUACAUAAAAUACAUUAAAUCAUAAAAUUUGUAUCUUUAAGAUUUUAAUGAGUAUUCGAGAACGUCUCAAAAUAUCUUAUGAAAAUGUGGGCUUUAGCGCUGAUAAUACUUGGAGUAAAGAAUUCAAUUCUUACCAACAAACUAAUAUGGACCUUCUCAUGAGGGAAAAAGGACUUAUAGAACCAAAAUCUUUAGAAUUAAGACCCAGAACAGUAAGAGAUUGCAUUCCAAAUAGUAAACUAGCGAAGUAUUCAAAUUACGAAUACAACGAUUCUAGAGAACUUUCAUACACUUUAGAUGAUUUUAAACCACCAAUAAAUUAUGAAUAUAACUUUGCUGGGGAAAUUGAAAAGGAACCCUGGAUGUUGGAAGAAGUUAACAGGUUUUUUAAAUUGUAUACAGAAUUUUACAAAUCUUUAGUUGACACUAAAGAAGAUCAAAAUAGAUUAAAAUUUGUUAGUGGCUUUGAGUCACCAUUCUUAAAGUGCAAUUCAUUAUCAGAAUAUUUUCUUAAACUACAGGUAACCAAAGAUAGUAUUAAAAAGCUAUGGGACCCUGAAUCGAUAGAUUCAAGAACUUUUAUGUUUCGCAGCCUACACUCAAUUCGAGGAGAAAAGUCUUUAUUAGUUUAUAAGUCACCUGCAGGUAGUGUUUUUGUAUCAGAAUACGAUGACGUCAGUAGUGAAUUAAAGGAGGACUACUAUGAAUGGUACAAAAAUGAUUUUGAUCAAAAUAACAUGGAUCGUUUAAAUUUAUUUUCCAGUUCUUUGAAACAGAUCCCCAAAGAAAAUACCAUUGAUAAUCAAAUACUGGAAAAUCAAACAGAUGCAGCUCAGAACCGUCGACUUUAUUCAGCAGUUUUACAAGGAUUUUCUUCUAACAAAAUUGCUCCAACGCCCACCGACAAUCAGAUGACAAUUUUAAGAAGAAAUUUUUCUAAAACUGAAGAAAGUGUAAUGAAAAAAAUAGGAAAUGUUAAUAAUUUUAGUAAAAGAAAAGUAGAUUCUGAUGAAACCGGUAAAAACCCUUUAUUUGUUAACAACAUACCAAAACUUUUUCCAAAUAAGUCGAUCACAAGUUCUCGUAGUGUACAAACUGCAACAUCAGCCAGUGAAGUAGGAAUUGAUAGUAGUUUAAAUUCUCAAUGUGAAAAAAUUUGUCAAGUAAACCCAAUAUCUCAAUCUCAAAGUACGUACUUUCCAUUAAGUCAGGUUGUAUCGCAACAACCAAUGAUGCGGUAUCGGCAAAAUUUUGCUCCAAAUAACUAUCAGUAUCCAUCUUUUUAUAUGUUUGUACAUAAUUCAUUUCAACAAAACUACCUUCAACCGUUUUAUAACCCAAUGCUACUUCAAAGGACUGUUCCAAUCAAUUUAGAAAGAAAUGUACUUCAAAGAAACUGCCAAUCACACGUUCCAUCUCAUUAUAAUGUUGCUUCUAGUUUUAUUUCUCAAAACCAAUUUUCAACUAAUUUUCAAAAAUUUGACAAUCAAUUAUUUAAGAACAAAUCGAGAACGAAAACUGACUUACAAAAAAAAAGUUUUAUUCGAUCGAGAAGAAAUUUGUCGUUAGAUGAUAUUAAAAAACCCAGCGAAACUUUAUCAUUCUCGAAUUUAACUUCCCGUUCAGACUGUUCAAUAAGCGAGGUGAAUAAUGAAAUGGAUGAAUUAGUGUCCAAAACUGUUAACUUAGUUUUAGAAGAUUCUAAAAUAGAUUCUAUUGUACCCAUAACUGGAAGUCAGUCUGAUGAACUAGAAAGACAAGCUUUGGAACAGUAUACUAAUUCGAGCGACAAUGUUUUCCAGGAUUUAGAAAGACAGGCUGCAGAGGAGUAUGAGGAUAAUUCGGAAAACUACUUAGGCCCCCCGAAUUAUGAAAUAUUGUUCGGGGGGUUUUUAAAACAAAUGAAAUAUUGUAUAUCUUAAUUAAUAAGGUUUUUAAAUACUUAGGUUUUCAAGACACAAUCUACAAAAAAGAUUUAAAUAUGUUUGACAAAUUAAAAAUAAAUACAAAUUCUUAAUUCGUUAUUAUGCAUACACGUUAAAAAAUUAAAAUAAAAUGGCU